AUGGCCAUGUCGACGACGGCACAGCACCAGGACCGAGGGUCACUGUAUGACGGCGACGAGGACCUCGACAUGAACGUCUCCGUCCCGCUGUUCAACGACCGCCAUCCUUACUUCCCCCCGCCUCCCGCGGCAGCGAAAAAGACGAAGCGUAGAGUCAGGCAUCCGGUGGAGGAGAUGCCGCCUCUACCACCACUGCCGGCCGCCUACAUUGCUCAAAGGUCGCCAAUUCCUCCAGUUCCUCCAAUGCCUCCAUCUCCCCCGUCUCCCCCGUCGUCGCAUCUGAACGUGCCUCUCGCGAGUCCCAUGUCGGCGACGAGCAAACCGAAGCGCAAGACGCUCCUCCAGCACCUGGAGGGCUGGUGGGACUUGGGCUUGAUGGAGAAGAGACAGACGUUGUUUGGAGGGAAAUCCGGAUAG